CCGCAGCCGUGGCCGACACCACCAACACUGCCAAGCACCUGGUAGUUGCGGAUACAAUGAACCGAGGGCAGAAGGUCUCGCGAGCAAUAUGUCUGCAUCGCAAGGACGUGCAGUCGGCAGAAGCACCGCUCCGAUGGUUGCGGAGCGCGAUUGGUAUAUGAGUAAACUUUGUUUGGCAGAGCCGCAUUCCAUCUAACACUAUUCCAUUUCAUCAAAAGCACAAUGCGCAUUCUUAUCACAGGUGCCGCCGGCUUCAUCGGGCAACUUGUAGCGAAGAAGCUGCUUGACGACGAGCAGGCAGCACAUUCUCUCAUCCUCACCGACAUCAUCGAACCACCCAUCCCAUCAGAUGUGCGAUCCUCAACACGAGCACAAGCCAUCAAGGCAGACCUAUGUACAGAAGCAGAUGCUGUCGUCACGAAGGACAUAGAAGCCGUCUAUGUCUUCCACGGCAUCAUGUCCUCAGGUGCAGAAGCCGAUUUCGAGCUGGGCAUGAGAGCAAACUUCGAUGCGACCCGCGCACUACUCGAAUCCAUCAGGAAGACAUGUCCAGGGGCGAGGGUGAUAUAUGCCUCAAGUCAGGCAGUAUACAACAACUCCGUCACAUUACCCGUCACGGAAUCUCAAAUGCCAACGCCAGAGACUAGCUACGGUGCCGAGAAGAUGAUGUGCGAGUACCUCAUCACUGAAUACACACGACGCGGCUUCAUCGACGGCAUCUCACUUCGCUUCCCUACUGUCUCGGUACGGCCGGGAAAACCCACUGCUGCAGCGAGCUCGUUCAUCAGCGGUAUGAUCCGCGAACCGAUGAACGGCAUCAAAUGUGUUAUUCCAUUAGAGGAUAAGCAAUGGCGACACUGGCUAUGCUCUCCUCGUAUUCUAGUUCAAAAUCUCGUCUACGCAGCUACGGAUUUCGACAUCAACCGCCUAGCCAAGUUCGAUCGCUGCCUCAACUUUCCUGGCAUCGGCGUCUCGGUGCAGGAUAUGAUGGACUCUCUUGCGAGGGUGGGUGGUAGUGAUAAGCUUGACCUGCUUGAAAUGAAGGACGAACCUACGUGCAAGAAGAUUCUAUACUCAUGGCCUGCUGAGUUUGACAACACCAAGGCUCUGGAUCUUGGGUUCGUGAGAGAUACUGGAUUUGAUCAAAUUGUUCGGGAUUAUGUGGAGGCUUUCGCACCGAGACAUAGUGUGAAGGGAGCCGGGCAGGCGAGCCAGAAGAUUGAGAGUGUGCAAGUCAAUACUGUAGAAGUGGCAGCGUGACAUGCUAUAUCUUAGAGCUGCUAAAAGACUAUCAUCCCUACCGUAAUACUACAUCAUCAAGAAGUAACUCUUUUGAAAUCUUAAGCAUCUUGUCACGUAUGGAAUGCCAAACUUCAUGUCAGUAGUUCUUUAUUUCUAGAUAGCACAACUCAGUAUUUAAC